UGCUCUAGUGGUCCGUCACUCUCCAUUUCCUACCCAAUCCGAUCUUUCUAACUCCUUUUCUUUACUUUUUAAUCAACACUUUCGCUGCUCCAUUCAGUGAUAUCACUUUUUAUCCUCUCGAAAAAACAUUAAAUCACUGCCAUCUAGACAAUGCAAACAAUCAAGCAAGAAGUCAUGUGGCCUAAGUUUGUGGCUAACAAGUUCUUGAGGAAGAUGUUGGGUAGCAAUAACAUCGUUGCAGACUUUCCAAAUUCAACAGAGACCAUUUUAGAGCUAGAAGAAACUUCAAGUACUUCUUCAGAUCAAGCCUCGCUAAUCAGUUCCAGGAAAUACAUCACUGGUGAUCAGGGAAAACACAAGAUCUUUGUUGGUUCAUGGAAUGUUGGGGGCGUUGCACCACCUGACGAUUUGAACAUGGAAGAUUGGUUAUGCAAACAUACUGACCCUGCUGACAUCUAUGUUCUUGGGUUCCAAGAAGUUGUGCCUCUCAAUGCUGGAAACAUUGUUCUAGGUCUCGAAAACAGCAAGAUUUGUAGCAGAUGGAAUUCUCUUAUUAGAGAAGCUCUUAACAAUAGUAUCUCAAAGCAUGUUCAAGAAGAUAAAGUGGGAGAGUUUUACAAAGUGCACCCCUUAAAAAAUCAUAGCACUGCUUCUCUCGACAAAAGCAGCAAUAAUUUUCCACACUGCUUUGAUUGUAUCACAAGCAAGCAAAUGGUUGGGAUUUUUAUCACUGUUUGGGUUAGAAAUGAUCUCCUUCCAUACAUGCAACAUCCUAGUGUCUCCUGUGUAGGCUGCGGCAUCAUGGGCUGCCUAGGAAAUAAGGGAUCGGUCUCAGUUAGGUUUUGCUUGCAUGAAACAAGCUUCUGUUUCGUGUGUAGUCAUCUGGCUUCUGGAGGGAAGAAAGGAGAUGAAAAGAACAGAAAUGAUAACGCUAUAGAAAUUUUGUCACGUACAAGAUUUUCUCGUGGUCCUUUGCGCAAUUUGCCCCGCAAGAUUCUUGAUCAUGAUCAGGUAAUUUGGCUUGGAGAUUUCAACUACAGGAUAUACCUGCCUCACACCACAACAAGAUCUCUAGUCCAGAAAAAAGAAUGGAAUAUUUUGUUAGAAAGGGAUCAGCUCAAGGCGGAGCUCAUGAAGGGUCAUGUAUUCCAAGGUUGGCGCGAAGGAAUAAUUGAAUUUGCACCUACUUACAAGUACUAUCAGAACUCACAGGUUUAUUAUGGCUGUGAUCAGAAGAGGAAGGGUGAAAAGAAGCGUGCUCCUGCAUGGUGUGAUCGAAUAAUUUGGUUUGGAGAGGGACUGAAGCAGAAAGAAUACAGCAGAGGUGAAUUUAGAUUGUCAGACCAUAGACCUGUUCGCGCAAUCUUCGUAGCAGAAAUCGAAGUCCCAAUUGAUUCCAGGAGACUGGGAAGCUCCUUUACAGGCAGAUUUCGCUGCUUAAAAGACCAUCUUGAAGAGUGUUUUAAUGAAAAGAUAUCAUGUAAUGUCGACAGAACAAGCUUCUAUUCUGAAUAAUAAUAGCAGUUUCUCUCCA